UGGUUUUCUCCCAAACCAAAAACGCUGCGUUGAAAACUGUUUGAUUUCCAUUUAUAAAAUCAAACCAUGUUUUUCAUCUUUUGCAUCUCACUCCGCCGCGCCGUACUUCGCUGCUCGUCGCAGUCCACUCUAUUUCCGAUAUAUACCGUAUAUACAAGAAGAAGGUGCUCUCAUCUUUAGACCAAAAGAAUGGCUUUAUUUGUUUCUACCGAUUGUUUCCUUCCUAACCAUCAGUCUCGGCUUGGAUUUGUGCAUCGUGAUGGCCAAGAUCGUUCUUGUGGUAGUAGUAAUGUUUUACAUCUUCAAAAGGCUGCUAAAAGCUCAAGGUCUCUCUCAUUUUUGCUUUCUGUGCGAGCUUCUGAUAUUAAGCCACAAGUUGCUGUUCAGAGCAAGGGUCGAUCAUCCUUUUCACAGACAGCAGCUGUGCGGCAUCUUACAGGCUCUGUCACCAGAACCCAGGGACUUCGUUUUGCUGUGGUUGUUGCACGGUUUAAUGAAAUAAUCACCAAGCCGCUCUUGGAAGGAGCUUUAGGUACUUUCAAGAAUUAUUCAGUUCAAGAUGAGGACAUUGAUGUUGUGUGGGUUCCUGGUUGUUUUGAAAUUGGUGCUGUUGCAGCAAGACUGGGAAAAUCAGGCAAAUAUCACGCAAUCUUAUGCAUAGGAGCUGUGAUACGAGGAGAUACAACCCACUAUGAUGCAGUUGCUAAUUCAGCAUCAUCUGGAGUGCUUUCAGCUGGUCUAAACUCAGGUGUUCCAUGCAUAUUUGGUGUCCUAACAUGUGAAAAUAUGGAUCAGGCUCUAAAUCGAGCUGGUGGCAAAUCUGGGAAUAAGGGUGCUGAGGCUGCGUUGACUGCUAUUGAGAUGGCAUCUUUGUUCGAGCACCAUCUGAAGUAGUCAUAAUGUUUGAACCAAUCUUGAAGCGCUUUUGUUGGAACGGCGUGUUGAUCGCUAUUUUCACUUCCAGAUGCUUAUGUUGUAGUUCAAGGGAUAUAUAUUCUCUUAUCUUCUGAAUCUAUCACGGGGUUAAAUAAGCAGAAGAUUACAUUUUUUAUUUUUUUUUUAAAUUAAGUGUCUGUAUUGGCACAGUUGUGGAAUCAAUUUUAUGAAAGUGUCUUUUUGGCGAAUAAUAGCAUUUUAGAAUGACAUCUCUCUCUCUCUCUUACCCAAGUAACAACACCAUUAUUAGCAGGGAGUUUU